UCAGGCAAAAUAAUCUGUGAUUAAGAUAGAAACCUGAAUAAAUUGGGGCCAUUCGUGCUCCCACCCCGCUGGGAUCCCUGCAUAGUGAGGAGGGUGCGCAGCCAGGGAGUGCAGCACUCCAGAGAACAACUUCUAGCUCAAUUUCCUGGGGAACACCAUUCCAUGUAUGUGUUCAAAUAUAUGGAAUUUAAUCCUGAAACAUUGUAAAAUGCUUUGCAGUGUGAGCUAGCAUUUGUUGGUAUGUUUCAUGUUGGGCACAGCUGUGAGAAUAAAUUUGCGUUUAAACUGAGGUCCCGUGCUGGUCUGCUGCAAAUUGCUGGGUUUGGCUGGGUUGAGUGGACAAGCCAGCAACUCCUUGGCUGCAAGAGGAGUUGCAUGUAUAUGAGAAGAGCUGAAUGGCUGCCUAUUUAAAUAUAGUUGAAACAAAUUACUUGUAGUGGUAUCAUUAAACAUUAAACAUACUGCCAUUCCAAAUCUUGAGAAUUAUGCCAAAGGAAGUAUUUCUGGUUAAUGGGGAACUCACCAUUUCCAGCAGCAGUCAGCUGGCUGAGGGUUUGGCACAGGGAUGCUUUAACAUGCAGAGCUGUGCCACAGCAAAGCUCAGCUUGUUGACUGAACUUUUUAUUUUGGGUGGUGACACCAUAGCUCUGAUAUCUGCAUACUUGUGAGUAUGGAGUACUUGUAAGAAGAAAAAUAGGUGAUAAAGACCUUUAUGUUUAUCCAGCAGCUGACUGUAACAGGAUCUUAAUCUGCUUGGUCUGCUUGUACUCCAAUGUGUAAAAAUCAAAGAUAAUCAGAUCCUCAGAAGCUUAGUUUUUUAUUACCAGUUUCCAUAUAUUAUUGUGCAGAGUUCAGAACCUGAAUUUGGAGUUAAUGUGGACAGUAUGUGUAUCCUUGCCAGCAGUGGCUGAAGCUGUGGCACUGUUGAUCGAAGGACUGACUUUCCCUAAGCCUUCCAAAACUAAAUUAGAGGUUUGACGAGUUUGCAGGAGAAAAAUCGUGUGAAACGAGUUUUGCAUUUAACUCUGCUGAUCCUGACCUUUCGCUGUUGGCGCUUUCCCUGCUCGUGGCGUGAACAGGGACGGUACGGAGCAGAAGGACGGAUGGCGGCGGCGGGUCCGGGAGGGGGAGCUCCGGGCCCGCCGCUCUCCCCCUCCCGGCUCGCUGCUCGCCUCCUCCCGGCCCUCCGCUCCCGGCAGCCUCCCGGCCGCUGACGGCGCCUGCGGCCCGGCGGCCCCCGCCGAAGGACGGCCCGGAGCCCCGCAGGCGAAGCUGUCAGCGCGCCGGGGAAGGUGCUGCCGGUGGGCCGUGCAGCGGCGGGCGGAAUAACGAAGACACAGUUCAAUGUGUAAACCUUCCCCUUCUCCAGCUUCUCCAGCCUGUAAUUCCAGGACAUCCCUAAUACAGAUGAAACCGAAAUCCUGUAUCAGCGGCCAUAACCCUGUCAGCAGCAACUCAAAGCCAUUCAAAACGCCCAAAGACAAUCUACUUACCUCCAGUAGCAAACAGCACACAGUCUUUCCUUCAAAAGUGUCACGGGAUAAACCAUGUGUUCCUGUUCCAGUAGUCAGUCUAGAGAAAAUUCCUAACCUAGUGAAGGCAGAUGGUGCCAAUGUUAAAAUGAAUUCUGCAACCACUACCACCAUCACUUCCUCCUCAACUUCUUCAUCCACCAUACCUGCUCCAACUUUGGUUAAAUCUGGUUUGACAUCCAAGUCAGUGCCACCAUCACCAGAAAAGAUUCUGAACGGCAAAGGAAUUGUAGCUCCAUCAAUAGACAAGAAACAUCAAAAUGGCACUAAAAGCAGUAACAAGCCUUACAAAAGACUUUCAGAAAGAGAAUUUGACCCAAAUAAGCACUGUGGAGUACUGGAUCCUGAAACAAAGAAACCUUGCACAAGAUCACUCACCUGCAAGACUCAUUCACUUAAUCAUCGACGAGCAGUUCCAGGCCGUAAAAAACAGUUUGACAUCCUUCUAGCUGAACACAAAGCUCGAUCCAGGGAAAAAGAAGUCGCAAAAGACAAAGAGCAUCCACCAUCUGCAAGGGAAAGCUAUCAGAGCCAGCCCACACCAGCACAAGACUCUCUGUCAGGAUCCUCAGUGAACUCUGGGCAAGAAUCUAAAGUAACAUCUCCUGCAAAAUCUAGACCACCAAAUUCUGUACUUCCAAGACCUUCAUCUGCAAAUAGCAUAAACAGCACUAGUUCUUCAAACCACAGUGGGUACAUACCAGAACUGCCACUGCCUUCCAUGGGAGGAGAUAUCACAAGCAGAUUGUCCAGUGAUGAAGGAGAAGCGGAUGGAGCUGAAGAAUCUGAGAAAUUAGACUGUCACUUUUCUGGACACCAUCCCAGACCUCUUGGGUUCUGUUCCUAUGGCAGUCGCUUAAUGGGAAGAGGGUACUAUGUCUUUGACAGAAGAUGGGACCAUUUUCGAUUCGCACUGAACUCCAUGGUAGAAAAACACUUGAACUCACAGAUGUGGAAGAAAAUCCCUCCUGCGGCAGACAGUCCCAUGCCUUCUCCAGCAGCACAUGUCUCCACUCCUUUUCCAGCAUCAGUCUUACAGCCCUUCAGCAACCCCAGUGCAGUGUAUAUUCCUUCAACACCUAUCAGUUCAAGAAUCACUUCUUCUUACAUAAUGACAUCAGCCAUGUUAUCAAAUGCAGCCUUUGUGACAACGGCAGAGACGAAUUCCAUUAUGUCACACACCACAGCUUUUCCUCACGUGGCUGCAAGCCUAAGUAUCAUGGACUCAACUUUUAAGGCGCCAUCGGCUGUGUCACCAGUGCCAGCAGUCAUCCCUUCCCCAUCCCACAAGCCAUCCAAAACAAAAACCAGCAAAUCCUCAAAAGUGAAAGACCUGUCAUCUCGGAGCGAUGAGUCUUCAAGUAACAAAAAGAAAAAGCCGCAGUCGACGUCUUCGUCGUCGUCGUCAUCCUCAUUAUCUUUGCAGACAUCUUCCUCAUCUUCAUUUUCAGGGUCCCACAAAAAGAACUGCGUCCUGAAUCCCAGUUCAACGUUGAACUCCUAUCAGGCGACAUCCUCCUAUAACAGUGUGUCUGUGCACAAUACCAAUAAUGGAACAAGCCCACUCAGUGCCAAAUCGGAGCCCUCAGGACGGACUUCAUUGUCAAGUAGUUCAACAGACUCAGUGAAACACAUGAGCAUGGUAGUGAGCAGUAUUGACACUUCUAAUCUCUCUGUAUCUUCUCUCGUGCACCACUCAGGGGACCACUCCCUGGGGGCACAUAAUGCAGUGUCUUCUCUACCCCUUUCUUUUGACAAAUCAGAAGGAAAAAAACGUAAAAACUCUAGUUCUAGUAGCAAAGCCUGUAAAAUCACUAAAAUGCCUGGUAUGAAUAGUGUUCAUAGAAAGAGCACUGCCAACCUUAUUUCUGCGGUGCCAGAUCCUACAAGCAGCUCCAUCUCUCGGCAGAUUGGAAAAAAUAGCAGUGUAGCUUUGUCACAAUCCAGUCCUUCGAGUACAUCAAACCCAGUACACAACAGACAAAAGACAUCAAACCGGACUGGUAGAAUAAGGACUCUUCCAUAACAAGGAAAAGGAACCAGCCUAUAAUCUCUAGCUCUCAGCAGCCCUACUCCACAGGGUUUUUCUUUUCUAUGUCCUGCAGAUGGAUUUAAUCUUUUAUGAAUUUGUGGUUUUAAUGAGAAUUAAAUUUACAGAAAACUGUAAUAGUGAUUUGUUUAGUUUUUCCACUUGUAUUUGCCACUGAUCUGUGCGUUCUGCUUAGUUAUGUUUCAUGCCUUUUAAAGCUGUUAGCGUUGCAAUGCUCCCUUUGUUUCCUAACCAGAACACAAUGGACAUUCCAAAAAAAAUAAUCCAGACCAUGAAUUUGAAUUUAUUUAAAGGAUCUCCAAAUUUUUUCAUUAAAUAAAAAUUACAGUAAUUCUGUAUUUCAGCUUGUCCUAUGGAUAAAAAAUUGAGUGCAUUUCUUAGUAAUUUGCAAACAGCUGGGGCACUGCAACUUUAGGGACUAAUCCUGAUUGGUGCUCUGUACCUACAGCAUUUAAUAAUUUCAGUGGGAACCCUGAGUGUUCAGCCUCUUCCAGAAUCAGGCUCUUAAGGAAUCUGUACUUCAAUCAAUGCAUAGCAGAAUUUUGCACCAAACUGUAAUUACUGUUAUCAGGGGCCCAAUGUGUAAAAUCCCCAUCUCUUGGGGGAUUUCCAGACCCUUAAGAACACAGCACUUGGUAACUUCAGUGAGCAGUUUGGGUUUGCGAGGACAGGAGUUGAGCAGAUUGGCUUGCAUUAAUAGAAUUGCACUGACAGUGUUUCUUAUAGGAUUACUGAAUAAUUUUUUAAUAAAAUAUAGAUUUUAUAAUCAGGAAGCCAAUACUAGGUACUGGAACAAUAGUACAGAGGAGUUAAUUUUUAUUUCUACAGUGUUAAAAGUGCACUUAUAUGCUGGUUUAUUUACAUCUUGGGGAAAGGCAAGAGACUGCAAAUAGGGAGAUUAUUACUACUUUCUUUUUUAAAAAAAGAAGGGUUACGGCAAAUUUUAAGACUAAAAAUGUUUAAGCAAUUAUAAACAAGGCUAGACCCUUUGAAAAAAAAAGUUUAGAAAUAUUCUUAAAAUAAAUUUUUAUAGUGUUAAUUUUGUAAUAAUUUAUGUUUUGCUAUACUUCAGAGCUAACUGACCGGUAUAGUUUCAGAAACAGUAUGAAACUUAGGAAAGUUUAAGCAAUGUUUAUAUUUUUAAAAUGUUCUUUGAAUUAUGUUUUUAUUGUACAUUUCUUCAGACUGAAAAAUGUGUACAUAUCUUUGUUAUUUUUGCACAAUUUUUGUCUUGUUCAGUUUUAGGAGCAGUACUAUGUUGAUUUUUUUUAAUUUAUUUUGAGUUAUAAAACUGCAGGAUUUUAAAAAUCUCAGUAACAAAGUCAUCCUCUGUAAUCAAUGAACUGCUAUUUCUAGUUGUUGAGGGAAAACAGUGGUUGUGAGAUUCAGUGGUUGCUUCUGAGAAAUAAUGCUAAUCAGUGACUGAAGGAGCAAUUUUGUAGUUUUAGGAAGCUUUAGCUGUUUCCAUGCAUCUUUUAAUUGGAAAGCUGAAUUAUGGAGCCUGUCCUUUGAAUGCUGCUUAAAUUUUAUUUUCAACUGGCUUACACCUGACAGCAUUUCAGGAAAGUUAAGCACGAAGUAAAAUCCCGUGGUGUUCUGUCAUCAUCAAAGAAUCAUUAAUUAACGAAAUGUAUUGGAAAUUUUAGCCUGCAAAAUGAAAUGGAAGUAAACUUUUGGAAAAAAGUGGAUACAAACUGGACCAGCCUAUAAUGCAUUCUUAGUGUAGCAUUCACUCGUAGUUCUUUUUCUUCCCCAUUUGCCUGAAAACCUUGUGAAUUGUUUCCAGCAAUAGAGGCUCAGAAGCUUUGGUUGUUACACAUACGCAAUGCAUAGGCCCGUCAGCCAUAAAAAGCGACUUGGAUAACUUGUAUGCCUUCUUUUGUAUCGAUGUAACAAUUGUAAAUAGUGCUGAUCGACCUUUGUAGAGAAUAGUUUAUACAGCAUAUUCUAUUAUUGCUGAUUCUCAGUGAACUAUUGUUUUAAAAAAAAAGAAGAAAAAAAGAAAUUUUUCUAUUUACACCUUAUAUUUUGUUAUGCUGUUGACCCAUGGCACUUUAACAAAACUCUGUGGGUUUUGCAUAGCUGGUCAGUCAUGGGAUAUAUUAAAUAACUGUUGUUGCACAGAAAUGAAUUUGCACCUGCUAUAUUGUGCUUUCCUACUACAGAUUUUAGAACCUUUUCCAGAAGACUUUUGAAGAAAGCAUGUCCAAUCAUUCUAAGAAAAAAAAAAAUGCCAUACUUGUACAGCCAAUUUCUUUUCUACAAUCCAUAUUUUGUAACACUAAGUAUUUUCAUUCUUUGUCCUGCACCUUUAUGUAUUAGCAGUAUCAAAUAGAAUUCAUUCCAUGCUUGUGAUAAUUGUAAGCAGAAUAAAUGUCUAAAGUAGGUGUAAAUAGUAAAUUCUAUGGCUUACAGUUUAAAAAAGGAAAACCAGAACAAACAUGUAUCUGAUUGAUACUGCCAUGGUUCAACACCGGGCCUGGAGAUAUUCUCUAGUGAGCGAUUGUAUUUUUUGUUUUUUGCUUUAUUAUUAUUUUUUUUUGUAACAUGGCUUUGUAAAUAAAAUAAUUUAUAUGUUUGUAAGAAA